AUGGCCUACCAGUCCAAUCCUACUUCCGAUGAGGUGCAUGGCACCAGAGCGCCACUGGAUAUCAUGUUCCUCCAAGAUGCUACAGAGACUCAACAGCCGUAUAUCGACGCUGCGCGUAACGGGAUCACACAGAUUUGCAACACUCUUUUAUCUGGGGGGAAACUCGCUCAGCAAGACCUCAGAUUUGGUCUUAUUGCCUUCCGCGACCAUCCUCCUCAAGAGCAAAGCUUCAUCCUCCAGGAAUACCCUUUCACGUCCGACGUAGAAAGUGUUACAUCUAAUUUAGCUAGCGUAACAGCCGAAGGCGGUGGAGAUGAUCCUGAUUGUCAAAGCGAUGCUUUGGACGCAGCCAACAGGGCUGACUGGAGGGACGGAGCGGUAAAGGUUGUGGUGAUGAUUACUGAUUCACCUCCACAUGGAAUCGGAGAGGACGGCGACGGCUUCCCUGAAGGGUCUCCACUUCAAAUUGACCCGCUCCGUGUCGCGGCGAGCAUGGGAAGAGCUGGCAUCACUUUGUAUGUGAUUGCGUGCGAGCCUACUCUGAGCCAAAACUACAAGAGGGCGCGUGAUUUCUACCAAGGAUUGGCUAAGAAAACAGGAGGGAGAGUGCUCAACCUCAACGAGCUCAGCGUGCUGCCCACUCUCAUUGCUGGCUCUGCUUUAGAAGCAGUCGACAGCGAGAUUUACGUUGCCAAGCAUCAAGCUGAAGUUCGCAGCAUGGCGAACAAAGAAAACAUCAGCGCCAGCGAGAUCUCUCUGAGGCUGCACAAGAACCUCGUGACUGCAGGCAUCCAACACAGCACUCUCGUUGUCGAUAACGUGUACCACGAGAACUUCGUGGCUGCAGGCAUCCAACACAGCACCCACGUUGUCGAUGAUGUGCAUGGACAAUGUGCCCAAGGAGAUCAGAAUGUCGACAUAUGGUUUAAGGCUGAGAAUCUCGCCGAAGCGAGGAACAAGAUCCAGCAGGUCGGAGGCAUUCUCGAAAGGUGCCAGGCCCCCGGGGCACUGGCAGAACAAUCAGCUGCUGUAGAGACGCAGCCUAUCAGCUUGUACCAGGUCGAGAAUUUCGUCCAGAAGUGUCUUGUGAGAGUCUGA